GAAAAAUCCAAGAUGGUUGACGAAGCCACGAAGAAAUCAUUAGCACAAAUUCCUUUGCUGAAAACUAAGGCAGGACCUCGAGAUGGUGAAUUAUGGGUGACGAGAUUGAAAGAGGAGUACCAAGCGCUUAUAAAGUAUGUACAGAAUAACAAGGACAGUGAUAACGACUGGUUUCGGUUAGAAUCAAAUAAAGAAGGUACCAGAUGGUUUGGUAAAUGUUGGUAUGUUCAUGAACUUCUCAAAUAUGAAUUUGAUCUGGAAUUUGAUAUACCUAUUACCUACCCUACCACAGCCCCUGAAUUAGCACUUCCUGAAUUAGACGGUAAAACAGCUAAAAUGUACAGGGGAGGAAAAAUAUGUCUGACAGAUCAUUUCAAACCUUUAUGGGCCAGGAACGUACCUAAAUUUGGAAUUGCUCAUGCAUUAUCUCUAGGGUUGGGACCAUGGUUAGCUGUAGAAGUACCUGAUUUAAUACAGAAACAAAUAAUAACUCAUAAAAGUGAACAGGCUGAAAAAUGAUGAUCAUUUCAUUCUUAGAAUCAAAACUUAAAGAACUUUUUCAAUAUACUGUGCUGAUUUACUUCACAAAUUUUACAUCAAAUGUUGAAAUAUGAAUCAUAAAGGCAUCGUCAUAUACUUUUCCCUAUAAUCUGCUGAUGCAACUAAGAUUUAGUGUCCCGUGACCAUUUUUCAGAAUUACUAAUCUGGCAUCUAACUUGUGUGGUCAAUACACAACAACAAUGAAAAGUGACAACAUUAAGAUCAGAUAUUGGCUAUAUUUUAUUUUCUUUCCUCAUUAUAGCAGUAAAUCAGGAACUGGUUUUCCUGGACAGAUCAAGAGGUUUAAUGGCAAGAGAGAUCCUAUCCUGAAACUUUAUAAAAUUUUCUGUCUGGUUAUUACCAUUGUGUCAUGUUUUUUCAAUAUAUUUACUUAGUGAAUUUUGCUAAUUGUAAUAUUGGACUUAUGCCAACAUGCAAGCUGUAUCAUUCUUGGGUUUACUGAUGUCAUUUAGUCUAACAAGAAAAGAAUAUUAAGUCUGCUAUGCCUGUUGUUACUUAGAAAUAGCUUGAAAUCAGGUUAUAAUCCAGAUUUGACUCUGAAAUAUGGUCAAUCAACCAUAUUUGUUGAGGUAUAACUCAUAAGUCUUGCAUGCACAUUUUCAAUAACUAUUUAUUUAGCCUCAAUUAGACUGCUCAAAGACUCUCAAAAUGAUCUUAGUACUAGGAUAUCCUAGGGUAUUAACUUCUAUCACUGUUUCUAGGAUAUCCUAUCGCUAAGAUCGUUUUGAGAAUACAUGUCCUGGUGUUUAUGUGUUGUUCCCACAUGUGCAGAAUGUAUUUGCUGGACAAAAUCAGCAAAAAAUAUUAUAAAUAAAUAAAUUAUUGUUUUAUUAUUGGUGGAGAGGGAUUUUAUUAUUAUUAAACUGUCUUCUUUAUAUAUAUU